GUCCUCCCUCCUCCUCACUCACAUUCUUCGUCCCCUCUAGUUCUUCCUUUACAUCACCACACCGCUCGACAAGCAAGGGGAACCCCAUUAUACUACCGCUUUGAGCAGCCGAAAUUAGUACUAUCGAAUCAUUCUCUCGCGUUCACGCCAACAUGUCGUCUGCACUCCGCUCCACCCCGAAGACAAAUGACCUCUCGAAACGCCGGCGAUUUCAACCACCUAUCACCACCUUCUUUCCCAACUCGUCCGAAUCGAGCCCUGCCUGCGAUGGCGUCUCAUACAAUCACUACUCCGCUAGGACCUACUCUCCCACCCCCACCGUCCCCGCAACAGUCCAGUCCUCUCUUCUGUCCGUGGGCAUGCGUGUCCGCAAGUCCGUUGCAGAGGGCUACAAGACCAAUGGAUCCAAAAUAGACGAGAAGACAACCUUCCCUUCAUACAACCCCACCAUCCUGCAUCGCAGUCCAGGCACUACUAGCGAACUUUCUCCGUUCUGCGGCACAACGAAGGCCGGCGAUUCCGUCACCCAACCCCACUCCAUGCCAGCCCAUGGCAUGGGCUACUACAACAACAACCAACUCAUCACCGACGACGGAGAUGCAUUCUCGCUGCCGCCCAGCAGCCAGGAAUCAAUCGCUUCGUAUUCCACUCAACCCACUGCCCAGAAACGGUCCUUCGACACCGACUGUUUGGAUGAUUGUGACUCGGAAUCCGAUAGUUCAACUACUCUUACACCGAGCUUCCACGGCAUGACUCCCACUGUGGGACGCACGAUUCUUUCGCCAAAGCUAGGCCACCAGCGACGUCGGUUCAUCGCCAUGCAGGAACAGAAAACAAUGGAUGUCGAUGAUUUUGACGAGCCGUCUUUCCUUCGACGUCGUGAGGAAGUCGAUACCGAUUAUGUUCCGGGCCGCGAAAGUGGCUAUGAAAUUCAAAUGGGCGGCAUGUAAGCAUGCUAUCACCUGUUUUUUUCCGUCUCUAUUUUCCUUUCCAAGAUUUCCGCUGGUCCUCGAACUCUUGUUCACGAGCAUGAUGCUUCCACACCGACGGGUUUCGGUGAUUGCCCAGUGCAGAUAUACCGUCUGCUUGGAAGGCUCAGGGUCUUGAGUCUUUGCAUUUUGUUUCUUUGGGUCUCUUGCUUAAACACGAUACCCUUAUUUGUAUUUCUUCUUCUUUUUUUCUUUUUGUUUCUUCUCUUAUGUCUCAUGCGUAUGCUUCUAUGGGGUGUUAUGUGGGUUGUGAUAUCAUACCAGGCGAUUGAUUGUACUGUACAUAUUUAACAGAAUACCCGAGACUUUGACAAUGACCUCGUUUUGGUGUCUACUUCCAGAAAGGCACAGGUCAUUACGAGUCUCACAAGUCUUAUUAUUUGUAUGUAGAAUAGCUAGC